AUGCCCUCCGACGCUGACACUUCAAGCUCUAGCCCUGGCGAACAUGCCACCAUUGGACAACAAGGGCAAGAAAAGGCACUUACAAUGAUGCAAGUCAAGUGCGAAGUUCCAGAGCCUGAGAGAUCUGCUCAAGAGACUAUCCGAGAUUAUCUCUUAGAGAAUGUCGAGGAGUUUCGCCGCCUCCACGAGUUGAGAAGAAAGGGCUGGGAGACAAGUCGAGGCGACGACCACUUCAAGAAACAACGAGCAGUCGCAGAUAAAUGCAGUGCGAGAAGUACAGAUUUCUUCUACACCAUGAUGACGACUAUCGCAAGUGACCUUGAUAAGGCAACUGAUGUUCUGCAUCUGUGGGAAAUCGAACAGCCGGCUUUGCUAGACAUGUGUGUAGCACCAGGUGGCUUCGUUGACACGGCCGCGGCCAUGACCAUGAAUCCUGAUAUUUACAUCAGAGCCAUGAGUCUCUCCCCGUUGAGCAAGGUGGACACGCCGUGA